AUGCGUUCCAAGUUCAAGGAUGAGCACCCCUUCGAGAAGCGCAAGGCAGAGGCCGAGCGUAUCCGCCAGAAAUACGCCGAUCGCAUCCCAGUGAUUUGCGAAAAGGUCGAGAAAUCAGAUAUCGCUACCAUCGACAAGAAGAAGUACCUUGUCCCUGCCGACCUUACCGUUGGACAGUUCGUCUAUGUCAUCCGUAAACGAAUCAAGCUCUCACCCGAGAAGGCGAUCUUCAUCUUCGUCGACGAGGUCCUGCCACCUACCGCGGCUCUCAUGAGCAGUAUCUACGAAGAGCACAAGGAUGAAGAUGGGUUCCUCUAUAUCACGUACUCUGGCGAGAACACGUUUGGUGAAUGCUAG